AUGACCUUGAUGGACUACCUCCAGCACAGGCGUGACUGCCGCACCAAGCAAGAAGAACGGGCCACCCGGAUCCGCGCCCUCCAGUCCUAUCAUGGCCCUUUCAGCGUCCUAGACAAGGACAUUGUCAACAAGCCAAUCCAGGCACUGGUCAAAGAGGUUCACCAAGAUCCCAGCAAAGCCACGCAGAUCCUCAAAACCUAUGGCAAGGUCGCCCUCAAGGCUCAAGAAAAGACCAACUGUGUUACAGAAAUUCUCCUCGACUCGGCUGAGAAGUGGGUGACGGAUUGCUCAAUCAACCUCAAGGGUCCCUUGGCUGGGAUCCCCGUCAGCUUAAAGGACACGGUAGACGUCACUGGCUAUGACAGCACCGUCGGAUACAGCCGUUUUGUCGGCAUGAAGAGCGCCGACGGCCCUACCGCGCGCAUACUAAAGGACGCCGGCGCCGUGCCCUACGUCAAGACCAACGUUCCCAUCACUCUCCUCAGCUUCGAGUCCGCCAACGAUGUCUGGGGCACAUCCACGAACCCUUACAACAAAAACUAUACACCCGGCGGUUCCACUGGUGGUGAAGGCGCGCUGCUGGCGCUCGGCGGCAGGAUCGGUGUCGGCAGUGAUGUUGCCGGCAGUGUCCGCUGCCCCGCGCACUUUUCUGGCAUCUACUCUCUCAAGUGCUCGACCGGCCGCUGGAUGAAGCUGGGCACGCGCACCAGCAUGCCCGGCCAGGAUGGCAUACCUGCCGUGUACAGCCCCAUGGCCCGCACUCUCAACGAUCUCACGUACUUUACGCGCUCCGUUAUCCAGAUGAAGCCUUGGGAAUAUGACUACUCUGUCCACCCCAUUCCGUGGAGAUCUGACGUUGAAGAAGCCUACUCGGAAAAGAAGCAGCUCCGUGUGGGGGUCAUGCGCACUGAUGGUGUCGUUGACCCUAGCCCUGCUUGCGCUCGCGCUCUCGAGAUGACAGUUAGAGCUCUCCGUGUCGAGGGCCAUGAAAUCAUAGACAACAUUACGCCUCCCGAGCCCUACGAGGCUCUGCAGAUUGCUUCACAGUUGCUCGACGCCGAUGGUGUCCAGACGGCCAUGUCAUUUUUUCGCACCGGCGAGGGCAACGAUCGCGGCGUAGCUCAGAUGCGAUUCUACUUUAACCUCCCCCGCGUCUUUAAAUAUGUGCACUAUCUCUGGGUCCGACAUGUCCGCCGUGAUCCUGUCUGGGCCGGUAUCCUCCGCAACUGGCACCCCAAAACAACCUACCAGUACUGGCAGCUGAUUGCCAAGCGCGAGGCAUACAAGCGCAGAUGGUUUGACUUUUGGGAGGAAAAGGGCUUUGACUUUAUCGUCGCUCCUCCGAAUGCCACCCCUGCUGUUCCUCACGGCGGCAUGCACGACGCUUGCAGCAGUUGCGGCUACACAUUCCUCUUCAACCUGCUUGAUUACACUGCUGGUGUACUUCCUGUAACGCACGUUGACAAGGAAAAGGACCAGUUGCCCAAGGGCUUCAACGUCUGCAGCCUCAACGGCGUGGCCCGCGGCGCAUACAGACACUACAACGCCGAUGACAUGCACGGUCUUCCCGUCGGCGUUCAGGUGAUUGGAAGCAGACUGGAGGAAGAAAAAGUGCUUACCUUGAUGAAGAGAGUAGAGGAUGCGCUUGGCGACGACAAGUUCAAGCUGCUGGAGCUAGACUAA